CACCAAUUCACCAACGAUCCAAGACGGCCACAAAUGGAUGCUUUGUCAGCAGCCUUCGUUCUCUUCCCAAAGUCCAAAAUUUGGUACAGCCAAAAGUCCCAACUUCUCAUACUCACGGAGGAACACUUAACAAACAAGCAUAACUCGGUUUUCCAGAUCUCCCUCACUUCCUCCUAGUCGCAGACUCACAAUGAAUCACGCUCUUGCCAUCAUUUUCACCACUCUAAGCUUGCUCAAAAUGGCAAUGGCUGAAGAGGAAUUUUGCUCUGCUCCUUCAAUCGUUGACUCGGGUUCGAACUCAAUGCAUUUGUAUUGGAAGGUCACCAAUCCCACACUUUCUCCUUCUCAUCUUCAAGACUUGCCAGGAUUUACUCGUAGUGUUUACAAACGAGACCAUGCUUUAAUAACACCGGAAAGUCACGUCUUUAGUCCUUUACCUGAGUGGACCAUGACAUUGGGAGCCUAUUUGAUAACACCGGCUAUGGGAUCACACUUUGUAAUGUACCUUGCGAAGAUGCAAGAAAACUCACUAUCUGGACUCCCUCCAUAUGAUGCUGAAAGGUUCAUAUUUGUGGUUCAGGGUGCUGUCACUCUCACUAAUGUCUCUGGUAUUAGCCACAAAUUAACGGUGGAUUCAUAUGCUUAUCUGCCUCCUAAUUUUGAUCAUUCCCUCAAGUGUGAUGGAUCUGCCACUCUUGUGGUAUUUGAAAGAAGGCAUGCUUCUCUGGAAAACCAACCUACUGACCAGAUUGUAGGUUCAACAGACCAGCAGCCACUCCUGGAAACUCCAGGGGAGGUCUUUCAAUUAAGGAAGCUUAUUCCAACAUCUAUACCCUAUGACUUCAAUAUCCAUAUUAUGGAUUUCCAGCCUGGGGAAUAUCUUAAUGUGAAGGAGGUCCAUUACAAUCAGCAUGGUUUGCUGCUUCUGGAGGGACAGGGUAUUUAUCGCUUAGGUGAUAGCUGGUACCCUGUUCAAGCAGGUGAUGUCAUUUGGAUGGCACCGUUUGUGCCUCAAUGGUAUGCUGCACUGGGUAAAAGCCGGUCACGAUAUUUGCUGUACAAAGAUGUGAAUAGAAAUCCACUGUAGUCACAUAUAUCGUUAGGAUGUCAAUUUGUACUAUUUAUCAAGACAGAUUUGUGUACUGGAACGCGAAUGACAAUCUUCCAUAGCCUCUGAACUUUGUACAUUAAUGGAUUAGCUAGUAAUUUUGAAGUUGUCUAUA